AGACCUGCCACUCAGUUAGCAGUUAGCAGUUAGCAGUUAGCAGUUAUGUAGCAGUUAGGUAGCAGUUAGCGCACCGCCCCAGCGCAAAUCCAAGCAAGGGUGGGCUGACACCUGGGCAAUGGGCUGGCAGUGGGUUGGCGGGCAGCAAUCAGAUGGUACCUAGGAUAAUCCAACCCCGAAAAAAAAACAGCCCCUCAUUCAUCAGACCGCGCAUCCCUAUUCUUUUUUCCCCUUUGACAUCUGAAGCUUUAGACUGAAUCUUCCCUAAACACGCCAACACGCCAACUUCGCCAUAAUUCAUCCUUUCUCUCUUCCUCCUACUCCUUUUGCUUUUGAAGUCAUCUGCACACCCAGACAGACAAAUAAUAAAGUCUAGCAACCAUGUCGUGGCAAGCCUAUGUUGACUCCAGCCUGGUCGGCAGCGGCCAUAUCGACAAGGCUGCUAUCAUUAGUGUUGCGGGUGACAGCGUUUGGGCUACUUCGAGCGGAUUUACGAUUAAGCCUGAGGAAAUGAAAACCAUCGCCAACAUCGUAACCCAAAGUGCCGGCGCCGUUGAGAAGGCCCAAGCAGAUGGUGUCUACGUUGCGGGCGAGCGAUACGUUGCCUUCCGGAUUGAGGAUCGGAGUGUCUACGGACGGCAGGGCCGAACGGGUGUCGUCAUUGUCAAGACAAAGCAGGCCAUUAUAGUUGGCCACUACGGCGAGGCCCACGUAACUGGAAACUCGACCCAGACUGUCGAGGCGUUGGCCGACUAUCUCAUCAAGGCCGGAUACUAGAGCGGGUGUGGGUCGAGGAGUGGUAGAUAUCGUGUGAGAGUGGAUGUCCCAGACCGACUGGGAGCAUACUUUGGGACUGCAGAGCGAGAGAGAGCUUAGCAAUUUUCUGUUGAUGACAUACUCGAUGGACGGCUCAGGCUGUCUUGUCGCUUCGAGGCAACCAUCCCCCGGGCCGUUCCCCCCUAGAUUCUGCAUAGGCGCAAAUGACAAUGGCCUUUUUCUCUUCACAUGUAGAAAAGUUAUACAACGCUUUCUGCUCGUGGCAAAUUUUUCUUUUCACAACCUUGCAGGCUUAUUAUAUCUUCUAAUUUGCUUCUGGGUAUCCCCGAACCUAGUUUGGUACUGUCCCCCAAAAUCCUCUAUACUAUCAUAUACAC